AUUACUAUGGUUUGAGUUUUCUCUGUUGUGCUUCAAUGGCGGAACACAAAGAUAUUAAAUUUGACUCCAAGAGGAAACCUCCCCUGUUUCCCGCCAACUUUGUGACAAUCGUUCAGCUUCAGGAGCGGUGGAGUAGGGAGCAGGAGCGGAAGCAGAGGGAGAAAGAAGAAGAAGAAGAAGAAGAAGAAGAAGAAGACAGACAAAUGAAAGUUGUGGAGGGAGAGGAGGCUGGGGGCCAGAAAGUGAAACGCGAGGCAAUCAACUGCAGAAAUCAAUCUCGGAGAUAUGAUCGGAGGGAUCGUAGUCGGGGGCACGAGACAUUGGAGAGUGCGGUUAAGGAGGCGGAAAGUGAGGGAUUGAAGAAUCAGAAGAAAGAGAAAUCGGUGGAGUGGAGAGAGAAAAGUAAGAAAAAAGACGAGGAGGUGAUUGCAGGCGAGAAGGAAGCGCCGCCGUCCCAGACGUCUGUUGAAAAGGACAAGGUUCCAACGAGGAGAGAGUGGAGGCCUAGAGGAGCUCCUACGCAUUUUAGGCCGAGUAUCCAGAAUGCUACUGUUGAGAUUGGGAAGAAAAUUGGGGGUCCAUCUGUUAAUGGUUCCAAUAGAAGAGACCGUAGGUGUUCAACACAUACAGGGUACUACGAUCGUAGCAACUUGGAGUAUGGCAGGGAUUAUGGGAGGUUCCAUCGUCCUGUGGAGAGAAAAUCGAGAAAUGCUGGGAUGAUGUGGGUAAAAAAGGGAGAGGUUGGUGAUGGAAGUGCCGGUGAUCUCCUCUCAAAAGGAUUGGACUAAUGCAUUCCGCUGGUAAUAGAUGCCCUUUGUUUCUUUAUCUUUUACUUCUUUUUUUCAUGUGUUAACUUUUUGUGUCUCUUAGUUUGUUGAAAGACUGUUCCUUUAAUGUCCUUCGGUUCGAUUGGGACAAUGACUGUGUGUUGAAAUCCUUUGGCAGUGAAAAAGAUAAAGAAUUGUUUAAUGACCAACUGGGUUGGAGUGAAAUGGAUUAAAAGCUAGAUCUUGAAGUUUUAUCCUAUUAAAUUAGUUCUAAGAUUUUGUUAAGACAUUAUAUAAAAAUGACUAGUAGGAGACCAUUGACAAAUAAUACCUUUCUCUUAAGAGGAUAUGUUGAAUGGAAGGAGUGGUGAUUGCGUUUGAUAAUUUGAUUAUGAAUUGUUCUAUGCAAAACAACUCAGGAAAUGGUUACUUUGUGCAUCUAACCAAUUGUUUGCUUAACUAAGUUUGGAUGUCUUGGUUUAAACUAGAUGGUGGUGUCUUGCAGAGUCCAAUAAACACCACACUCUGUAUUUUUGAAAGGUUCUUGACUUGAAACACGGGGAUUGUAGAUUUAUUGAGUCAUUUCAGGGGAAAAUGUAGUAAUAUGACAUAAUCAUAUUGAGAACAUUGCUGCAACUACAUGCGUUAGGUUUUUUUGUCUUAACAGAUAGUAAUCAAAUGACAUAACUAAAUGACCUUAAGUGGGUAAUUAUGUUAAUUGAUAGGUAUACAGUAGGGGUCCUUGUUAGUUCUUUUUUGCACUCUUAUGCGGAGCUGGUUAAAUAUGGACCGUGGAACUUGAGAGUGCAAAUAGGAUCUUUCAUGAGUCAAUUCUUUGAGCAGUUUAGAAAUUUUUUUGUACAUUAAGGGGGAAAAAACAGAGUUGUAAAGAUAUGCUACUUUUAUGCUUGCAAUUAGAUCUUAACAAAGAUGAAUAAUUGAUGUACGGUAUUUGACUGCAAACAGUGUGGAUGAUAUAUCUUUAGUCUUUACAUGUAGUUUCCAAGUGACAGAAUAC